AUGGCGUAUGUGUCGUGCGUAAAGCAAGCACUUGGUGCGACGAGAAUAUGGCCAGGAAAGCUCAGAAUCUAUAGGAGGGCACAUGGUUGGGUACGCGACGGAUUCUACACGACCGAUAAGUGGUGCGACUAUGAUUUCAUGUUACACGGAUGGAAACUUCAGACCGUAGGUGAUGAAGGAUGGGAGAGUCCCUUCAGGAAGAAUCUUGAUCCCUCAAAAUGUGGAGAGGGCACAGAAGGCUGGGACUGGAUACUCACAAAGCAUGUCAAUGCCACUGUAAUCAAAAACGAGCUCGCUCCUUACGAGAAAUACGCUGGCGAUACAUUCCCAAAUGCAGCAAGACGUCUUAUGUAUAUCACUAUGCCGGACGUUGGGAAAUGCUAUCCAAACUCCUUCAUUACAACCAUUGGCAGAAACUAUCUGCAACGUUAUGGGCGCCGUUGGCUAAUACUAGAUGACACUUUUAACGUCACGAAGUAUUCCUUCCGCUUAGCGACAAUCGCUGCUGCGGAUGACGCAGGCAACGGAUUUCCCUCUAAGUGGUUUUCCUCUACAAUGCGCAGUGUAGGACGUCACAAAAAAGCGCUGAAGUUUUAUCGCGAGAAGCCGAACGCAUACGCAAUAACCGGAGACAAUCGCUGGGCUGUCGUGUGCGAGUGCCGCACUGAUCAAGUUUACAAGAUCAGAACAGUAGAAGCUCGCGAUUGCAGAGCCGAGCGAAACUCCCACUGCGAAAGAUGCAACAUUUGCGCAUGUCGUGUGUGUUGUAACUGUUACGUAGCAUAUCAGGCUGGCGUUUGUUGUAUACAUGCACAUGCUUUAGCCACGUUUUGUGAGAAAGUCGCUUCCAAACUCUCUCCGACAAACACAUUCACACGCGUAGGGCCGAAACCAGUCAAAAUACAGACGCUAAAAACUAGAUUUGCGCUGAAUCGAGAAAAAUCCUGCCGACGAAAGUUGGCUGACAGAAACGUAAUUGAGGAGACGCGCCGGUGUGCUACACCAACCACACAACUUGCAAAGCUUGGGGUCAGCUUGUAUGCACUUCUGGGGUGGAUACAACGUGUGCAGUCUGUAAAGAAGGGAUGGCAGUACGAGGAUGUUCCUUAG